UUUCUUGGUCAUUAUUUUUAGUUUCUUAAUCUCUAAAAAUCAAGAGCCUCAAAAUACGCUCUCGGUGGAAAACUCGGCCUCUUCAGCAAAUUAGCAAAAUCGCAGUUUCUCUAAGAACAAAGGAUUCGAGGAGGAGUUCAAUCUCAGGGAGACUCAAAAAAAAUUCAAAGACAUGUCAUUAACUGCUAUGACUGCACCUACUUUGCCAAUAGUGAGAGCAAAGGCUGAAUGCCUGAAGCAAUUCAAGCCAUUAGUAUCUCUUGGCAUUCACUCUCAAUUUAUUAGCAAUGGAAGAAGACACUUGAUAUGUCGUCUUGUUCAAGAAAAGCGUGCUUCAAUAAUACAUGUUGCUGCUCUGAAAGCCAGAUGUGCAACUAGAACCCAGAGGCAGACUCUUACAAGGAAAAAUCCAACCAUUACAUAUACACUUGGGAACGAUAAAUUUCCUGAUCUAGACGAUGGUGACAUUGGCUUUCCCCCUCGUGGCGGCAUGUGUGGGGGUAAGGAUGGGGGUAAGGGUAGGGGUGGAGGUGGGGGUGGGGGUGGUGGAGGCCAUUGGACAGGUGAGGGUGGUGAAGGUCAUUGGGCAGGUGGAUUAUUCCUUUUCCUUUUUCUUCUCAUCCUAGGCUUCUUGAAAGAUAAGGAGAAAGAAGGACCCUACGGCGAUGAAAGAAAAAGAAAGGCAACAAAAAAUACUAUUAGUUGAGUGACCAUAUGAGAAAUCAACUCUUGAUACAUAGAAAUCGAAAUAUUAUUGGAAAUCGAGGAUUUUCAACUUGUCCGCUUCAUUUUUCUCCAACCAUGGCUUCGAGCAAUCUGCAAUGGGACGAUAACAUCCCUUUGCUUAUGUAUUUUUGUGAGUAUAGCAUUACUUGUGUUCCUCAGAAAAUACUGUGCACUUUGAAGUGGAGGUU